UUUCUUACUAGUCUUACAGGAAGUUAAACUGAAAAGAACAAACUUAUGCGAUGCGGGAUAUGUUUUAAAUCAAUAAUUCUCUAUCAGUCGUAUAUAGUUUUACGGGAUUACUUUAAUUAGUUGUACUGACAUUAAUUACAUGUAUAUAAGGGUUAUGCAAAAUGAAAAUUGUAAUGAAUACUACCAUUCACUAAGAGUCGUAUGAACGCGACAAAAACGAUCGAGAUAAUAGAAGAUAUGGACAGUUUGGAUGAUAAACUGUUUAACAAUGCUUUUAAGAGAUCCUUAGAGGAUGGCAGGAAAAGAAUUACAUUUGCAGAUGAGGAUGAUCCUUUAACUGAUUUAUUAGCAGAUAAAGAUGAUUUUCCAUCAGGCCAAAAAAAUACAGUAGCAGCAAAAGACAAACGGAAUAUUAUAGAUAAUUUAUUUGAUGUUAAAGUUUCUAAUGAAUCAUUAUUAAAUUCAAAACCAGUAUGCAGGAAAGGAAAUCAAUUGUCAAAGAUUUUACAGGGAGUGAUAAGUUAAAAGCAGCAGGUGAUAAGUCGAAAAAGUUAUCACUCAUACAAGAUCUAUUUGGUGAUACGAUACAUACAUCUCCUUCAAAGGAAUCAGUUGCCAGUAAAAAGUUGCCACAGCCAGAACAAGAAGUAUCAGUCACUGAUGUUCCUAAGUCACAGUCCCAAUUUUCAACAUAUGCGCCGACGGCUUUCGGAACGAGGGAACCUCGCAGAGGCAAGAGAAGUUCGGAGAUAAUUAAUGAUCCUCUAGGAUUAUUAUCUCUGAGCACAGCAUCGAGCCAGACUCAGCAAUCUACAAUAGAAAGGAAUACAGUGUCCGCGGAUUCAGUUAGACGAAAAUCAGAGACUAAGGAAUAUUUACCGGAAUGGUUGGAAAUUAAGAAAUCGUCGGAAGAUAAGAGCGUUGAUUAUACUCAGGAUAGAGUAACACCCAUUGAAGAAUUAUAUAGCAGACAUACAAAAUCUAGCUCUGAUAAAAUUGCUCAAGGGGUGAUGAAAGUACAAGAGAAAGAAUCGAAACUGUCCGAAUCAUUGCCACGGGAAAAAGGACAAUUAAUAAAAUCAUCGAACAAUCAAGAAGAAAUCAAUGAACAAGAGAAACAAAAAGUUUCAAUUGAAGAAGAUCAGAGAAUUCUCAGGACCAAUACAGCGAUUAUUUCAACGAGUUCUAAUGUGAGCAAAAAUCCGAUAGACGAUAAUUUAAAUCGCAAAGAAUCAGGCUAUAAGAAUAUAAUUCAGAAAUUAGAAUUGGAAAAAUCCCACUUGUCGGUAACAAUACACAGUUUAAAUGAAAAAUAUGAAAAUGAAAUAAUGAUCCUAGAUGAAUCAUAUAAACGACAAAUUGGAUUUCUGCAAGAGAGAACUGAUACAUUGGAAAAGAGAAUGCAACAGGAACUGGAAUAUUUAGAAACAGAUUAUGAAGCAAAGAUCGAAAAAUUAAAAAACGAGAAAAUACAAAUUGAAACUUUCUACAAGGAAGAAUUACAAAAUUUGAAAAAGGAACAUGCGCAAUUUAUAGAAGAAAUUUACGAGCGACACUCUCAAAAUAUAAGACUGCUGCAAAAAGAACAUUUUGAUACGAUAGAAAAUAUAUUAAAAAUGAGAGAAGUUGAGAAAUUAGCUAUGACGACAAUAGCGACCCACAAGACUGAUCUGCAGAAUUUGUUGCAAAAAGCUGAUUUUAUUAUAGAGAAUAUAAGAAACGUGCAAGAAAAGACUGACCAAAGAGAUGACCAAAGCAUAAAAUUAAGGGAACACCACUUAAAGAACCAAGAAGAAGAUGUACAAAUACGAAAUGUAGAAAUGAAGAAGCAACAUGAGCUAUUGGAGCAGGAACGUGAAAGGAUGAUGAAGGUAGUGGACAGAUUGGACUCACAUGUUGUGCAGCUGGUACUCGAAUUAGAGAAGAAAAGCAUUAUGCUUAACGAAGCACUGGAAACAUUAAAAAAGAGAGAACAGUUUCUGUCGCAUGAAAAAGAAGUAUUCGAGGAAAAAGUACAAUGGGAACGUAAUCAUUUACAGGUGUUAAAAGAAUCUUGGUUUAAUGAACAAGAAAAAGAAUUGAGAACUUUGACAAAAGAGAAAGAGGUGAUUGCAGCUAAGAAGAGACAGUAUGAAGUUCUAAGGACAAUUAAAGCUAACUCUGAUGGUAUUUCGAAGAUAGAGUUAGCUGCUGCUAUAAAAGCAGCUCAAGAUACUACUAUGCUCGCUAAUCAAGAACGAUUGAAGUGGCAUGAAAAGAUCAAAGAUCUCGAGACACAGCAGCAGAAUUUGCAAGAGAAGGAAUAUCGUCUCUUAGCACGCGCGCAAGACCUCGAAAAUUUUACACAGGUAGCAUUCACAAAGAACGAAGAAGCUGUCAAGGCGUUGAAGGAAGCUCGUCAAAUCGAAAACGAGCACAAGACCAAAUUCGAUACGCAUUUUAGUGUGUUAGCACAUCGGCAAGAUACAACUGCACAAAAAAUCCAUCUAGCGAGCGAGAGAUUGGCUCUAAAAACUGCAAAAGCAGAAAAAUUAGAGAGAAAUACAAACAUAAAUAUGCCAUAUAAUUAUGGAUAUGCAAAUGCAGAUAAGCAAGCAUUGUCUAGUCAACAAAGUGCUCUUCAACUCACUACUCAUUUUAGAGAAGUUGUAGAUCCUCAGUUAGUAAUGUUGAAGUUAAAUCUAGAAGAUAAACUAGAUAAUGUUCAAUAUAUGACUGCCAUGAAAUUUUAAUAACGUGUAAUACAUAUUGAGUGAAAAAGGUAAUAAUGUGUAUAUUUGCUACAAUAAACAUUGAUCUAUAUAUUA